AUGGACAAAUGGAAUCGCCCAUCCUCAAAUAGGACGUCGAAACCCGGAGUAUGCCUUAAUGGUUGGCCCGAUUCAUCUGGCCCUGGUACGGAGGAAAUUUGUGACGAAUUAAAGGGCUAUAAAACUAUGUUAAAACUUGCUCGUGGUAGCUCCAACUUCUCCGUUUCAAGCAUUGAUUACGAUUGCCCGCCAAGGCCAAAGAGGGAGGCACAGAAAAGAAAGGGUGUCCACUUCAAUGAUGAGCUAGAGGUUCUCGAUGUGGUUCCAAGUACCAUGUCCACUUCCACAUUCCUAAGGCAAAAAGGCUUGGCAUGGAACUCAUUAGCUAGAGCAUUUGGUUGUGAAGACGAGCUAGGUAAGGAUGAUGCUAUGGUGAUGAAUGAAUUGCUCAAUCUCUGUAGCUUUUGGUCUGAAACUGAGCCCAUCUUCAGAGGGCCAGAUGACGAGAGUGAUGACGAGGAUGACAGCGACGAUGACCUAGAAUCUUUCGAGCAUCACAUCGCCAUGUUGGCCACAUGCAAUAUUGCGAUUCCCAGCAGCGUGCAGGCACUUCAAGAGUCCAUGACCACCAAAAUGCGACCGUCAACCUCAGAGGCUUUGGAAAACGCCUUUAAGGGAAUUGUGGAGGACGAUAACGAAGUCAGUCAAGAUUCCAUGCAAACCACUUCAACCUCUUCGGAGGAUUUCUGGUCUCAAGUAGAGUUCUAA